AUGCGUGAGCUGCUGACGAACGGGGUGAUGCCGAACCAGCUCGUGCGGCAGCUGCCUGCGGCCCUGUUUGCAGGGAAGCUGCUCAAGAACAGGUUUGUUACGGUUUGCCGGCCAUACUUCAACGACGUCCUGCCACCGAAGUUUCACAUGAUUGUGGCGUUGAAUCUGGAUAUCCAGGACUUCGAGCACCACCAGAUCGUCUACUACUGCUACGAUCAGGCUUUCGGGCUCUUCUUGGUGGCGCGAGGCAUAUUUGCCGCAGUCGCGAAGCCUGGAACAGAUGGCGGGCACAUCGAGAAGUUGGAUUGGCUGCGGACCAUAGAAGAUGAGCUCAAGAGGAAGCACCGCGAGCGGCUGAAGGCUCCCACGCAGGAAUUCCUGAGACGACGCAUUGAAGAGAAGAACAUACUUUGGCAGCGGCAACUAGAAAGGCUGUGCCCAUACCAGCUGUUCGGCGAGGGCACGUAUUUUGGUGAUACGGAGGUGCUGUCCAAGUUCAGCACCCACCAGCGGCACGCGACGGUUCGCUGCGAGUCGGAGCGCGGUGGGUCCUUGCUCCAGCUCCACAAGGACAAGCUUCACCAGCUCAUGUCAGAUUUCCCUCACUGUCAGCGAGCCUGGCACCUCGAGGCUACCAGGCAUGAAGUUCGCCGCCGAGCGAAAAUACAGCUUCUCACGAAGUCUUUGGACCUGUACGAAUUGGCUACCCUGGAGAUCCAGCGGGCCGUGGUGGCCGUGUGGAAAAAGAGGAAGGGCUACCAAAAGCUCCACAAGAGGCAAGAGAAGGAGAAUGAAGUGGUCUCUGCCACCUGCGACGUGGAAGAGCUGGGAGGAGGAGCUCAGCAAAUUGCCGAGCUUGGGGCAGAGGUCCAAGAUGUGAAGAGCCAGAUGAUCACGAUGAGUCACCAGGUCAGAGAUCUGCAGGUCUCCAUGUCUCAGGUCCAGGAAUCCUUGGCCACCAUUGCCGCCUUUAUCCGAGAAAACCCGCCUUAG